AUGGAGCCGCGGGAAGCGGAAGGGCAGGGGGCGCCCGGCCGUGCCCAGGAGGACGUGCCCUUCAACCUGGCCAUCCUGUCGCUCACUGAGCUGCUGAGCCUGGGCGGGCUGCUGGGCAACGGGCUGGUGCUCUGGCUGCUCAGCUGUGACGUCUACCACAACUCCCUGGCCAUCUACUUGCUGGACGUGGCCUGCGCCGACCUCAUCUUCCUCGCCUGCCACAUGGUGGCCGUCGUCCCCGACCUGCUCCGCGGCCAGCUGGUCGUCCCGGACUUCGUCCAGACCAGCCUGGCCACCCUCAGGUUCUUCUGCUACAUCGUGGGGCUCGGCCUCCUGGCGGCCGUGUGCACCGAGCAGUGCCUGGCCGCCCUCUGCCCGGCCUGGUACCCGUGCCGCCGCCCGCGCCACCUGACCACCUGCGUGUGCGCGCUCACCUGGGCGCUCUGCCUGCUGCUGCACCUGCUGCUCAGCGGCGCCUGCACCCAGUUCUUCGGGGAGCCCAGCCGCCAGCUGUGCCGGGCGCUGUGGCUGGUGGCGGCCGCCCUGCUGGCCGCGCUGUGCUGCGCCGUGGGCCUGGCCAGCCUGCUGCUGCUGCUGCGGCUGGAGCGGGGCCCGCAGCGGCCCCAGCCCUGGGGCUUCCCGGCCCUCGUGCUCCUCGUCGCCCUCCUCUUCCUCUUCUGUGGCCUGCCCUUCGGCGUCUACUGGCUGUGCCGGAACCUGCACUGGCACAUCCCCCACUACUUCUACCACUUCAGCUUCCUCACGGCCAGCGUGCACAGCGCGGCCAAACCCGCCGUCUACUUCUGUCUGGGCAGCGCCCGUGGCUGCAGGCUGCGCGAGCCCCUCCGGCUGGUGCUCCAGCGGGCGCUGGGCGACGAGGCCGAGCUGGGAGCCAGGAGGGAGACCUCCCGGGGGGGCCUGGUGGAGGUCGCAGCCUGA